AUGAAGGCACCACCACCACCACCACGCCAAGGGUCACCAUCACGGCUGGGCAAAGGUUGGAGUAAACCCAAGCAAAAAGUAAUUCAUAGGGAGCACAUUCAUAAAAUCCACACGCAUGUUCAUCACAUUCACAAGCACAACCUGUACAAGCACACGAUCCACAAGCACAACCAGCACAAACACAUCCUGAACAUUGUCAAGGCUCCGGAGCAAAUCGUGCACUCGUACAAUCAAGAGGUCGUCAAAGUGGUCCCGACCGAGGAGAGGUCGUCAAGAAGAUCCCCGUCCACCACGAGCAGUACCAAGUUUUUACCACGGAGGAACAAGCAGCCCCACAGGUUAUCGACCAUGGACACAAGCAUUCGCAUUAUGACGGGACGAUACAAGCCGCCGUGGUUGGAGGGGGUGGGCCCCCGAGGAGGUCGAGUAUGCGGGGUGGAGCAGUUAAAUAUGUAAAUAAUUGUGUAUGUAAAUUAGUUGUUAAAAUGUGCGGCAAGGAAAUAAACUACUUACCUUACAAAAUACAAGAUUAA